CACCAUAACCACAUUGCAAAUAAUAUUAGCAUUUUUGUUGGACUUUCUACAGUUUCUAGUGCCUUUGUACGAAUGGAAUGGAAAUAAUACGUACAAUGUUGCGAUCGUUAGUGUCUAAACAACUGAAGGAUAUAAGCAAAGAUACUGUGCUGAUAACUGGCACAGGGCACGGCAUUGGCAAAGAGCUAGCCUUACUCUAUGCCGGUUAUGGCAGCACAGUGAUCUGUGUAGAUAUCAACGAGAAGAACAACGUAAAAACUGUGCAGGAAGUGAAGCACUUGAAUCGUGGCGUAGUCUACAGCUUUGGCUGUGAUGUAUCGAAACGUGAUCAGGUAGUGGAGCUGGCCACGCGUGUUCACAAGAAUGUGGGGCCUGUCUCUGUCUUGAUCAAUAAUGCGGGCAUCAUGCCGACGCAUCCUUUAACCCAGCAAACGCCUGAAGAGAUACUUCGCGUCUUCGAUGUUAAUGUUUUCUCCCAAUUCUGGACCAUACAAUCAUUCCUCGAUCAAAUGAAGAAACAGCGCAAAGGUCACAUAAUCGCAAUGUCGUCCGUUGCCGGGCUGUUUGGUCUCCCCAACCUGGUUCCCUAUUGUGCAACGAAGUUCGCUGUGCGCGGCUUGAUGGAAGCACUGUACGAAGAGAUACGCAAGGGACCCUAUAAAAAUCAAAUAAAUCUUACCACUAUUUAUCCAUACAUGACCAAUACGGGCCUUUGCAAAAACCCGAAAAUUCGGUUUCCCAGUAUUUGGGGUUUGUUGGAUCCCAAACAAGUGGCUAUGCGCAUUGUGGAGGCGCAUCGUUCCAAUCGCCUCGAAUUAGCUAUACCUAGCUUCUUCCUGCAUUUUCACAAUUGGACUCGACUGUUGCCCAACAGUUGGCGCUUUGCUAUAAACGACAGUAUUGGCAGUGGUGUGGAAUCGGAUUUGAAGUAAUAUUAUAUCAUUGUCAUUGAAUAUGCGUGGAGUAUUAAAGGUUUUAUUGGCCAUCUAUCCAAGUGUUUAUAUGAAAUUUAAAUUGGCGCGGUGCUGUGUAAGCAACCUUUUAAUAUCGAUAUUUAUAUCGUAUGC